AUGCCCCUCCCAACACCGCCGUCGCCUUCGCCGUCAUGCGGCACGCGCACGAGGGCGCCGUCCCCGACCACCACGCAGGCGGCGCCGACGUUAUCGUUGCGGCAGCCCAAAUGCCUGUUGGAGUACGAGCGGGCCAAAUCCCUGCAAGAGGGAAAAGGCGCGGGCAGCGCGAUGCCCCCGGCGAACUCGAGUGGGGUUGAUGCCGGUAGUCGGCCCCCGUGGCUGCCCAAGGCAAUAGACAAGCUCACGACGUAUCGACGUGCGCGUUCGCAGGCGCGGCAAGGCACUGGCGAUGGUUAUGGGAUGCCUGCUAGACGCGAGGAUUUUCACGCAACGCGAGGUACAACGUUUGCGGGGGCGGGAGAGUCGACGGAGCCUGCCCUGCUGGCACGACUGCCGAAGGAGAUGACGGGGUACAUCAUAGAGAUAGAGACGCAGAACCGUCAGCUUCGCCAACAUGUGCUUGAGCUGCAAGAGGAGCAGCGGCAAACGCAGGCCAUGUUGGGGGCAAAUCGACGGCUGGCGGACGCCGUUGUUGGCAACAGCCACGCGGUUGAGGUUGGUGUCGAGGAGGACAAGAGCUACCAACAUGCGACGAAUGAUUUCCAAGUCGCUUCUGGAGCCCUACUAAGCCAAGAGGAGCGCGAACAGUACAUAAACGAGGUCCUUGCUCAGGUGGACGUUAUUGUACAGGCGCAUCGCAAUCAGAGCGAGUCGAUGAUCCUCAAGUACAAGCAGGAGGCUGAAUCUGCCAAACUGGCCCUUAAAAAUCUCCGUGAGGCGAUUGCCUUGGAGGGCGUUGAUUUAUCCAUGCUUCCAGCGGUGCUAGCGACAUUGUCUGGCCCCACGCGGGCAGCCUGCCGUGGUGAGACACGGAGAACAAACCCCAACUCGCCCACGACAACGGAGGUUGACUCCGCCAUCGCCGGAAUUGUGACCGUGAUGAAUGAGAAGUGUGCGGCGCUGGUGGGGGAGGCGGCCGACGUGGUGCUGGGGGACCUGCUGCGGGUGGAGGCCGGCGACGACGUCCCGACAGUGGUGCGCCAGUCGGUGCAGCGCGGCUUUGAGGCGUUGGCGCGCCACCUCGCCUCGGUGGUCACAGAGUACAUUAAAUACUCCACGGAGGAGCUGCGCUACUCGCACAAGGAGCGCGAGGCGGCGUGUCGUGAGCUGCGCGGGGAGCUGAGCGCGAGUGAGACCCGACGGCUGCGAGAGGCCCAGCACUACGAGACGGAGCUUCGCACGUUGCGUGACGAGAUUCAUGCGUUUCAUGUGGCUGCGGCGGAGGGGGACGAGCUGAGGGGGACGGUUCAGGAGCGCGCCCUGGAGGAGUAUACCGCGUUGCUUGUCGAGAGCCGCGCGGACGCGGACGCACUGCGGCGCCAGCUGGAGGAGGAGCGCUCCGACCACGCCACGACGUGCCUGCGCCUCAAGUCGAGUCUGCAGCGCCGCGGCGCGGAGUUUGAAGAGGCAGUCGUGCGGCGUGCGGAGGAACUCGUCGGGCAGCGUGAGGCACACAUCGAGGAUCUCCAGCAGCAGUUGGAGGCGGCGCGUCGCGCGGGGGAGGGGCGCACCAAAGGGCGCGCCACAAAAGGCGUGCAGGUGCAGGCAGCGGAGUCCAUAGUGCUGGACGCGUCGAAUUACAUGUCAAACGUGCUCUCACUGGGAUCGUCGUGGAAGGGUGCCUCGCCGCGGCCCACUGCCCGCCUCGCGACACCCACACAGUCGAAGAGUCACCCCGCGGCGGCGCCACUUCCACCCCCAUUGCCGUCAACGCCCUCCGCACAGCCGCCAACGACGCCGUCCGUGCUGGGCGGGGAUGACUCAGCUCUUCAACAGGACAACUCCUUUGAGGAGGAGGUGUGGGAAAAGACGAUGGAGCUGCUCACUAAGUACGGCCCUCUCUCUCGGCACUAG